CGUGUUUCUUAUUUCAAGAUUCAUUUAUACUUUGAUAUUAUUUUUGUUUUAGAAUGGAGAAACAUGAUGAUGUAUCUACAUUUCAACUAGAAUUUUUAGGUGAAUAUCAUGACAUAGUCAUUGAUUGGAAUGAUGAUAAAUAUAAAUACAAAGAGACACAAUUAUUCGAACUGCUUGAACCGAUAACUGGAAUACCAAGACAAUAUAACAUUAACAUCGAGCUGUAUAAUAUUAACCACCGAAAUGGAGGUUUUAUGUACCAUUACAUUAGCAAACAAGCGAGCGGCUCAGAUUUCCGUAACUCCUUAAAUUCUGCAGCCACCUGUAACUCAAUUAGAAAUGCUGAAGGACGUUUUCAUCUCGCUUAUCGAGCUUAUUAUGAUCCUUGGUUUGGUCAUACUCGUAUUUAUCUUAUCCUAUUACCUGAAAGUUUAGUUCCAGAAGGAGCAUGUCACUAUGAUUUUUGUCGACAUAAAAAUACUAAAACCUUCUUCAACAAGUUAAAGAAUAUAAUCAAUAACGAUCAAUUGAACGCAAAAAUUGCGUCUCUUAUCACGCCUAAUGCUGAAGACGUUCGAAGGGAAGGGAGAGAGAUUUGUAAACAAUUCAAUGUUUUACAAUAUUUUCAUUCUCUUUGUAUUACUCAGCAUAGGGAAUAUGACUUUGAAUCAGAAGCGGUUAGAAUUGUGAUAGGUGACAUGAAACUUUAUUUGAGGACUCGCGGCUAAUUAACUGAAUUGCCUGGUUGAACCUACCAUCGAUUUCUCUCAUUUAACUUCUUUUCCAAGAAAAACUAAUCUAAAUAAA